AUGCCUCUGAUCGCACAGAAUCCAAAAGACCGGGUCAUCCUCGGGUUGAUGACCUUUGGUCCUGAUGAGAGCAGCGGCGCGCGUAUCACCGAGUUCGAUGAGUUCACCAAACAUUUGGAUUACUUCCAGGCCCAGGGCUACAAUGAAGUCGAUACUGCGCGCAUGUAUGUGGGCGGCAAGCAAGAAGCAUGGACACGCCAGGCUGCAUGGAAAGACCGCGGCCUUACUCUUGCUACUAAAGUCUACCCAUUCGAGGCUGGCGUUCACAAGCCCGAGAACCUGAAGAAACACUUCACCACUAGUCUGCAAGAGCUUGGCGCCGACUGCGUGGAUAUCUUCUAUCUCCAUGCGCCCGACCACAGCGUGCCGUUUGAAGAGACGCUCGAAGCAGUCAACGAGUUGCACAAACAGGGCAAGUUUGUCAACUUGGGCCUGUCAAACUUUGCAGCAUGGGAGGUUGCUGAAGUCUACAACAUCUGCAAGGAACGAGGAUGGGUCAAGCCAACCAUCUACCAGGCCAUGUACAAUGCUAUUACUCGCGCCAUCGAGCCGGAGCUCAUUCCCGCAUGCCGUAAGUAUGGCAUCGACAUUGUCAUCUACAACCCUUUGGCUGGUGGCCUCUUUUCCGGCAAGAUCAAGUCCAAAGACAUCAAGCCUGACGAAGGCCGGUUCGGGACCAAGGCUGACCGCAUCGGCACAAUGUACCGCGAUCGCUACUUCAAAGACGCGACGUUUGAGGCUCUUAGGAUUGCAGAGGAAGCUGCUCAAAAACAUAACCUGACGCUGCUUGAGAUUGCACUGAGAUGGUGUGUUCAUCACUCUGAGCUCAAGACACGAGUCAAAGGUGGAAAUGACGGCGUCAUUAUUGGCGUCAGUAGUCUCAAGCAACUGGAGGGCAAUCUUGCGGAUCUGGAGAAGGGGCCUCUGCCUGACGAUGUUGUCAAGGCGUUGGAUGAGGCGUGGAUGGUUUGCAAGGCAACUGCGCCUACAUACUUUCGGUAG